AUGGUGCGAGGCUAUGACUUUAAAGCAGACAUAUGGAGCUUUGGAAUCACAGCCAUAGAGUUGGCCACCGGCUCGGCCCCGUACCACCGCUACCCGCCCAUGAAGGUCCUCAUGCUGACGCUGCAGAACGACCCCCCCAGCUUGGAGACCGGUGUGGAGGACAAGGAGCUGGUGAAGAAGUACGGAAAAUCCUUUAGGAAACUUAUCUCCAUGUGCCUUCAGAAGGACCCUGCCAAACGGCCCACCUCUGCAGAGCUGCUCAAGUGCAAAUUCUUCCAAAAGGCCAAGCUAGGCUACAUGCCUCAGUACAUAGAGCCACCUCAGUACAUAGAGCCACCUCAGUACAUAGAGCCACCUCAGUACAUAGAUCCACCUGAGUACAUAGAUCCACCUCAGUACAUAGAGCCACCUCAGUACAUAGAGCCACCUCAGUACAUAGAGCCCCCUCAGUACAUAGAGCCCCCUCAGUACAUAGAGCCACCUCAGUACAUAGAGCCACCUCAGUACAUAGAGCCACCUCAGUACAUAGAUCCACCUGAGUACAUAGAUCCACCUCAGUACAUAGAGCCACCUCAGUACAUAGAGCCCCCUCAGUACAUAGAGCCCCCUCAGUACAUAGAGCCACCUCAGUACAUAGAGCCACCUCAGUACAUAGAGCCCCCUCAGUACAUAGAGCCCCCUCAGUACAUAGAGCCACCUCAGUACAUAGAGCCAUCUCAGUACAUAGAGCCACCUCAGUACAUAGAGCCCCCUCAGUACAUAGAGCCCCCUCAGUACAUAGAGCCACCUCAGUACAUAGAGCCAUCUCAGUACAUAGAGCCACCUCAGUACAUAGAGCCCCCUCAGUACAUAGAGCCCCCUCAGUACAUAGCGCCACCUCAGUACAUAGAGCCACCUCAGUACAUAGAGCCACCUCAGUACAUAGAGCCACCUCAGUACAUAGAGCCCCCUCAGUACAUAGAGCCCCCUCAGUACAUAGAGCCACCUCAGUACAUAGAGCCACCUCAGUACAUAGAGCCCCCUCAGUACAUAGAGCCACCUCAGUACAUAGAGCCAUCUCAGUACAUAGAGCCCCCUCAGUACAUAGAGCCCCCUCAGUACAUAGCGCCACCUCAGUACAUAGAGCCACCUCAGUACAUAGAGCCACCUCAGUACAUAGAGCCACCUCAGUACAUAGAGCCACCUCAGUACAUAGAGCCACCUCAGUACAUAGAGCCCCCUCAGUACAUAGAGCCACCUCAGUACAUAGAGCCACCUCAGUACAUAGAGCCACCUCAGUACAUAGAGCCAUCUCAGUACAUAGAGCCCCCUCAGUACAUAGAGCCACCUCAGUACAUAGAGCCACCUCAGUACAUAGAGCCCCCUCAGUACAUAGAGCCCCCUCAGUACAUAGAGCCCCCUCAGUACAUAGAGCCCCCUCAGUACAUAGCGCCACCUCAGUACAUAGAGCCACCUCAGUACAUAGAGCCAUCUCAGUACAUAGAGCCACCUCAGUACAUAGAGCCCCCUCAGUACAUAGAGCCCCCUCAGUACAUAGAGCCACCUCAGUACAUAGAGCCCCCUCAGUACAUAGAGCCCCCUCAGUACAGCCCCUCAUACAGAGCCCCCUCAGUACAUAGCGCCACCUCAUACAUAGAGCCCCCUCAGUACAUAGAGCCCCCUCAGUACAUAGCGCCACCUCAGUACAUAGAGCCACCUCAGUACAUAGAGCCACCUCAGUACAUAGAGCCACCUCAGUACAUAGAGCCAUCUCAGUACAUAGAGCCACCUCAGUACAUAGAGCCCCCUCAGUACAUAGAGCCCCCUCAGUACAUAGAGCCACCUCAGUACAUAGAGCCCCCUCAGUACAUAGAGCCCCCUCAGUACAUAGAGCCCCCUCAGUACAUAGCGCCACCUCAGUACAUAGAGCCACCUCAGUACAUAGAGCCACCUCAGUACAUAGAGCCACCUCAGUACAUAGAUCCACCUCAGUACAUAGAGCCACCUCAGUACAUAGAGCCACCUCAGUACAUAGAGCCACCUCAGUACAUAGAGCCAUCUCAGUACAUAGAGCCCCCUCAGUACAUAGAGCCCCCUCAGUACAUAGCGCCACCUCAGUACAUAGAGCCACCUCAGUACAUAGAGCCACCUCAGUACAUAGAGCCACCUCAGUACAUAGAGCCACCUCAGUGUCCCUGUGAGCAGCUUUGUUUGCUCCCUGCCACUAAACGUAACUGUGAACGUAACCCCGGCGCUAAACCAGGGACCCACCGUAUCACGAUGUGCCAUAACGGUGACCUGUGA